AUGUUCCCGCGUUUCCCACAUCUCCACCACCUCUCUCACCCCACUCUGCCCACCCCACCUCCUCCCCACCCUCCCCCCCGGCCUGCUCUCUUGUUUCUCCCCCCCCCCUUGCUGCAUCUUUCACCCCCCACACCCACUCAGGUGGUGUCCAUUCACGAUGGCUAUCUGACGCUCUUCGUGCCUCGCCUUGAUGUGCAAGGCCAGGUGCCCUUUCAGGACAAGGACGGCAUGGCAGUGCUGCCGCGCAAGCUCACGAACUGGGAGGCAGAGCAGGCAGAGCAGCAGCAGUUUCGCCACCGGCUGCGAUUCCCCGUUCUCCAUCUCUGCUUUUCAUCGCCAUCUCUGCUUUUCAUCGCCAUCUCUGCUUUUCAUCGCCAUCUCUGCUUUUCAUCGCCAUCUCUGCUUUUCAUCGCCAUCUCUGCUUUUCAUCGCCAUCUCUGCUUUUCAUCGCCAUCUCUGCUUUUCAUCGCCAUCUCUGCUUUUCAUCGCCAUCUCUGCUUUUCAUCGCCAUCUCUGCUUUUCAUCGCCAUCUCUGCUUUUCAUCGCCAUCUCUGCUUUUCAUCGCCAUCUCUGCUUUUCAUCGCCAUCUCUGCUUUUCAUCGCCAUCUCUGCUUUUCAUCGCCAUCUCUGCUUUUCAUCGCCAUCUCUGCUUUUCAUCGCCAUCUCUGCUUUUCAUCGCCAUCUCUGCUUUUCAUCGCCAUCUCUGCUUUUCAUCGCCAUCUCUGCUUUUCAUCGCCAUCUCUGCUUUUCAUCGCCAUCUCUGCUUUUCAUCGCCAUCUCUGCUUUUCAUCGCCAUCUCUGCUUUUCAUCGCCAUCUCUGCUUUUCAUCGCCAUCUCUGCUUUUCAUCGCCAUCUCUGCUUUUCAUCGCCAUCUCUGCUUUUCAUCGCCAUCUCUGCUUUUCAUCGCCAUCUCUGCUUUUCAUCGCCAUCUCUGCUUUUCAUCGCCAUCUCUGCUUUUCAUCGCCAUCUCUGCUUUUCAUCGCCAUCUCUGCUUUUCAUCGCCAUCUCUGCUUUUCAUCGCCAUCUCUGCUUUUCAUCGCCAUCUCUGCUUUUCAUCGCCAUCUCUGCUUUUCAUCGCCAUCUCUGCUUUUCAUCGCCAUCUCUGCUUUUCAUCGCCAUCUCUGCUUUUCAUCGCCAUCUCUGCUUUUCAUCGCCAUCUCUGCUUUUCAUCGCCAUCUCUGCUUUUCAUCGCCAUCUCUGCUUUUCAUCGCCAUCUCUGCUUUUCAUCGCCAUCUCUGCUUUUCAUCGCCAUCUCUGCUUUUCAUCGCCAUCUCUGCUUUUCAUCGCCAUCUCUGCUUUUCAUCGCCAUCUCUGCUUUUCAUCGCCAUCUCUGCUUUUCAUCGCCAUCUCUGCUUUUCAUCGCCAUCUCUGCUUUUCAUCGCCAUCUCUGCUUUUCAUCGCCAUCUCUGCUUUUCAUCGCCAUCUCUGCUUUUCAUCGCCAUCUCUGCUUUUCAUCGCCAUCUCUGCUUUUCAUCGCCAUCUCUGCUUUUCAUCGCCAUCUCUGCUUUUCAUCGCCAUCUCUGCUUUUCAUCGCCAUCUCUGCUUUUCAUCGCCAUCUCUGCUUUUCAUCGCCAUCUCUGCUUUUCAUCGCCAUCUCUGCUUUUCAUCGCCAUCUCUGCUUUUCAUCUCCUCUCUAUCACAGUUCCGUCUUCUCGCUCCCUCCUCCCCAGGCUCCACUGCUCGCUUCCCCACCCUCAAGAUGUGGAUAGUAGCAGAUGA